AUGCGGCUGGGACCACAACGUGCGCUCUGUGCACUGCAAAGAGGACGCUCGGUGCUUCUUCAACAUCAAUCAACUGCAACACGCACCAUAUCCUCCUCCGCACGUCGACAACUAGAGCCAACGGUCGGUGCAGGACCCAAAGAUGACCCUCAAAUCGGGUCAUAUCCACGGCUAGAAGGGAGGAGUAACCAAGAAAGAAGUGCUACAGGCUUCUGGGACCAACAAUACCGUCGAAACUUUGGCGAAACGCUUCAUGAACAAGACGAGGCCCUGAACAUGUUCUCGCCCGACUUGCCUCAUGCAAAUAUCAGCCCAAUGUCUGCACUCACACAAGCAUCGCUUGCGUUUGCUAUUCUUGGUGGUGUAAUGGUUGUUUUGGCCUAUACUCGCCCGGAGAUGCCUGCGACCAGGCGAACAUUUCCACGAGACGGUCUCGUCGACGAACUCGGCGGAUGGCAGCCAAACAAGGCGAGUUUGCCAAAUUAUAUCUCGAAACAUAUUGACACAAUCUACCAGGCGAAAACGGAAUCCUUGGACGAGCACUAG